AUGGCUGCUACAAAUAUUUCAUCGAAACUACAACAACACUACAACGACAAUGAAAACUCCAUUUAUGGUCAUAACGGAAAUCUAGAUGUUAUCGGCGAUAAUGACACCGAAGAUGAUGAUGUUGUUAUAGUCGACAGUACAGUUACCACAGGCAUUGGGGCGUUGGCGGCAUCGGCGACAAGCAAUAUUGAAACACCCAAUAUAUUUACAUGCCCCGCAGAUGGUUUAUAUGCCCAUCAAUAUGAAUGUCACCUGUACUAUCGUUGCGAACAGCAGACAGACGGUUAUGUGAAAGCCUAUUUAUUAAGCUGUCGUAGGGGUACAAUAUUCUCACGUGAUUUGAAAUUAUGUAUGCCUCCAUUGUUGGCAAAUCGUGCAGAAUGUCAACAUUACACCAAUGAAAUCGAUACACUGCUGACAACUGAUGAUGAUGCGGCCGAGAAUGAUAUUACACUUAGCGGUGGUGUCGUUGGUGAUGAUGGAGGCGAUGUCAUAAAUGCCACCAAUUCUGCCAACAUUGAUGCGAACAUUGAUAACCGAUUGAUGUAUAUACUGCAAAUGGCCGGUGCUAGAAUCGGUGCCAAUGGUGGUGGGGUGGCGAACAAUGGCAAUGCCAUGGCCGCCGAUACAUACAAGCAAUGGCAAAAUUAUGGUCUAACAGGAUUAAGCGGUGUUUCGGUAAUUUCCUUUUCAACAUCAUCUGCACGUUCGGCAGCAAGUGCAGAUAACGACCAAGGACCGCCAUGUAAAGAUGAUGGAUUUAUGAGCGAUCCAGAUGAUUGUACAGUUUUCUAUCGUUGCAUAUCGAAUGGCCAGACAUUUAAUAAAAUUGGCUUCCGCUGUUCGGGUGGCACAGCAUGGGAUGAAUCACUGCAAUCGUGUAAUCAUUUGGCCAAUGUCCGUAACAAUGGUGGAUGUCUGAAUAAGAAGGAAGGCAUACAAAUGGAUGAGGAGAUGAUGACGGCAACACAAUCGUCACAAAAUAAUUAUCAAAAUACGACCACGUCGUCAUCAUCAUCGAGUUCACAACAGCAGCAACAAAGUUCAACAUCAUCAUCAAUGAGUUCCUCAUCCACAUCGUCUUCUACAUCCUCAUCUUCGGAAUCAUCUCAACAGCAACAGUCGUCUUCAACACAAUCGAGUAGCACUGAAAGUUCAUCGACAUCUUCAUCCAGUACUCAAAGUUCAUCGUCAUCUUCCCAAAAUUCUUCCACUUCGUCGUCAAGUAGUCAACAAUCAACAACAUCUUCCAGUACUGCGGCAAAUAUGGAAAGUUCCACCCAGCAAUCUUCUUCGAAUAACAAUCAGUCCUCGAAUUCCCAAAGCUCGAACAACAAUCAAUCUUCAGGCAGCUCAUCUAGUUCCACAGAGAAUAUGGAAAGUUCUACUCAACAAUCAUCAUCAAAUAAUCAAAGCUCCAGUUCCCAAAACGCCAAUAACAAUCAAUCAUCAAAUUCGAAUACGGGAUCCUCUAGCAAUCAAAGCUCAAACUCCCAGAACAAUCAAUCCUCAAAUUCUCAAGGUUCCAAUCAACAAUCCUCCUCGUCGUCUUCCAAUAAUCAAAAUGGCUCAGGCUCAUCAUCCAGUUCGGCAUCAUCUACCAACAAACCGGCUUCGACAAAAUGUGAAGAUGAGAACACUUAUAUUCCCGAUAUGGAAGAUUGUGCCAAAUUCUAUCGUUGUCGCGAUGAUGGUAAUGGUGGACUGGAAAUGGUGACAUUCACCUGUGGACCUGGCACUGUAUGGAAUCAAGAUGAUAAGGUGUGUGAUUUGCCUACGGAUUCUCAGCGGGAAAAAUGUAAAAUCACUUCGUCGAAUUCUCAGCAAGGUUCAUCAAACUCAAACAAUCAAUCGGGUUCUUCAAACUCAAAUCAAUCCGGUUCCUCCUCAAGUUCCAAUCAAUCAGGAUCUUCAAGCUCCAAUCAAUCAGGAUCAUCAAACUCUAAUCAAUCGGAAUCUUCCAACGCUAAUCAAUCCGGUUCAUCCUCAAGCUCCAACCAGUCUGGAUCGUCAAGUUCAAAUCAAUCAGGCUCAUCUUCAAGUUCCAAUCAAUCGUCUUCUGGAAAUGACCAAUCAGCAUCUUCAUCAAAUAAUAAUCAAUCACAAUCGUCCACGUCGGGCGCCACUACGACUGAAGAACAAAAACCUCAGAAACCCAUUAAUCCCGAUGGAAAAUGUAGCGAUACCGAAACAUAUUUACCCGACAAAACCGAUUGCAGCCGUUUCUAUCGUUGUCUGGAUAACGGAAAUGGUGGUUUCGAUAUUAUCGGAUUUGAUUGUGCACCCGGAACAGUAUGGGAUGGCGACUCUAAAGGUUGUAAUCAUCCAACAGAUGUCCAGAAGGAACAAUGUAGGGUAAUGGCUGCCGGAGGUGGUAAUUCUCAGGGAUCUUCAUCUUCGUCAUCAUCGAACAAUACACAAACCGGUUCAUCCUCCAGUACCGAAUCCAAUCAGCAGGGUUCACAAUCAUCUUCAAGUCAAUCUGGUUCGAAUCAGUCCAAUCAAACUACAGAAUCGUCAUCAAAUAACGAAUCUAGUCAAUCGUCUAGCUCUCAGUCCGGUUCUAGCAACACAGAGAGUAGCAGCAGUUCUCAAAGUUCAUCGACCACACAGGAAUCAUCGCAAUCAUCUUCCUCACAAAGUUCUUCGUCGAACCAAGAAUCCAACACUACUCAAAGUGGAUCUUCAUCUAAUCAGGAAUCAAGCACUGCUCAAAGUGGAUCUUCAUCAUCUCAGGAAUCAAAUACUACGCAAAGUAGUUCCAGUUCUUCCAGCAGCAGCACCACCACUCAGGAAUCCUCUUCGUCUUCUUCACAAAGUUCAUCGUCCAACCAAGAAUCCAGCACAAGUCAAAGUAGUACCAGCUCAACCACAGGUUCUACAUCUCAGGAAUCACAAAGCAGCUCAUCCACGACUCAAGAAUCUACCUCACAAAGUAGUUCAGGAUCAUCUUCGACCACAGAAGAAUCAUCAAGCUCCUCGUCUACAACAACCCAAGAAAGUUCCUCCACUCAAUCCUCCAGUUCCUCGCAACAAAAUCCUGUUGGCACCUGCAAGAGCAAUAAUCAAUAUCUAGAAGAUUCCAAGAACUGUGCCCGCUUCUAUAGAUGUGUGAAAAACAGCAAAGGAGGUUAUGACAAGGUAGCGUUUACUUGCGGACCUGGCACAGUGUGGGAUCCACAAAUCGAAGCUUGCAACCAUGCCUGGGCAGUUAAGGAUCGUAAAUGUGGAACUGGAAGUAGUGGAACAGAAACAGGUAGCUCUGGACAGCAAACAACAAAGAAACCCGCAACAACUCAACGUCCUCUGACUACCACAAGCAAACCUACCAGUAAACCUAUUGAACAGCCACCAACGGUAGCACCAUCCACGACCAACAAACCUGCCGCCCAGAAACCUUCCUCCACAACACAAAAACCAAUUGAAAACACCCCUGGCAUUUGCAAAACCGAUGGUUUUGUCGGUGAUCCUAACGAUUGUACUCGUUUCUAUCGUUGCGUAUCCAAUGGUAAAGGAGGAUUUACUCAAUAUCCAUUCCGUUGUGGUCAAGGUACCGUUUGGGAUAGUGAUUUGCAGACGUGUAAUCAUGAUUUGAAUAAAUGUAAUACGAAUAAUGUUGCGGGUGAACAUCCAACGACCCCGAAGCCGGACGAUACAACUACAGGGAAAGCACCAAGUUCUAUGCCUGGUUAUGAACCAACAACAACCACUCAAAGGCCACAAGAGACCACCACUGAAUUCACUACCACAAGUCCACCGGGUUAUGAGCCCACCACAACUACUCAAAGGGCUCCGGAAGGACCACCAACCACUACCACAGAAUAUCCACAGCCAAGCACAACUACCACAAGUCCUCCGGGCUAUGAACCCACCACUACAACUCAAAGGGCUCCGGAAGGUCCACAAACCACCACCACAGAAUAUCCCCAGCCGAGCACAACCACCACAAGUCCGCCCGGUUAUGAGCCCACCACAACUACAAGUCCACCUGGUUAUGAACCCACCACAACAACCAGUCCACCGGGUUAUGAACCCACCACAACGACUUCUCCAAGCACAACCACAACAAUGAAACCCGACCCCAAUAAACCAAUUAGUUCCAAAGACCCUUGCCCCAAGGAAGGCUUCUUCGGAGAUCAAGAUGAUUGUCAACGAUUCUUCAGAUGCAUUGACAAUGGCAAAGGUGGCUUUGAAAAGCACUCCUUUAAAUGUGGCAACGACACAGUUUGGGAUGCUGAAAUUGAAAGUUGUAAUCAUCCCACAGAGGUCUCAGAUCCCAAAUGUCGUCAAGAGGGUACUACCGAACAAUCAGGUAUGACGACCACCACAAUGAAAUAUCCAACAACUGGAGUUACAGGCUUGGAAGAAGAUACCACCACAGCUAUGCCCAUGACCUCGACAACACCCGUACCUAAUUUACCAGCCGGCAAGGAAUGUAAGGGUAAAGGUUUUAUGGCGGAUCCCGAGAAUUGUCAAAAAUUCUAUCGUUGUUUGGAAAAUCCAAAUGGUAGCUUUGAGAAGCAUGAGUUCAAAUGUGCCAAGGGUACUGCAUGGAAUGAAGAUAAGCAGGCAUGUGAUUAUAGGGAGAAUGUUGAACGUUGUCAGGGUACCACAGAGGAACCAGAAACGGAGACCACAACCAUGGAAUACGUGACAAGUACAACGGAUAAAUAUACCACUACAACAUAUAAGCCGGAGGUGACAACCACAACACAGGUUGUUGAGACCACAACAACAUACAAGCCCACGAUGACAACAACUACUCAGGUUAUGGAGACCACGACUACGUAUAAGCCCACGAUGACAACUACUCAGGUUAUGGAGACAACCACCACUUACAAGCCCACGAUGACAACUACGACUCAGACUGCAGAACCCACAACCACAUACAAACCUACGGAAUCUACAACAGAUAAAUAUCCCACUUCCACAACGGAGGGUAGUACGGAUUAUACCACCACCAUGCAACCAACAACAUCCACCACUCCAGUACCCAAUCUGCCUCCAGGCAAAGAGUGUACCGGUGAAGGUUUCAUGGCUGACCCAGAGAACUGUCAAAAAUUCUAUCGCUGCAUCCAAUCCGGUAAAGGCUAUGAGAAACAUGAAUUCAAGUGUGCCAAGGGAACGGCAUGGAAUGAAGACCAGCAGGCCUGUGAUUACCGUGAAAAUGUUGAACGUUGUGCCGGUACGACUGAGGAACCUGAACUAGAAACAACAACCGAGGAAUUUAUGAGCAGUACAACUCCGGGUUAUGAGAAGCCAACCACAAUGAAACCAGAAACCACCACGGAGUACCUCACCAGUACCACGGAUAAAUAUACCACUACUACCAGCGUGCCGACCACAGCCAUCACCAGUACCACGGAUAAAUAUACCACAACUACCGGCAUGCCAACAACAACCACCGACAAAUAUCCAACCUCAACCAUUGCCGUCGAAUCAUCCACAAUUCCCGCGGAAUCAACUACCGAAUUAACUACAACAAUGGAACCAUCUUCAACAACUCCAGUACCCAAUCUGCCACCUGGCAAAGAGUGUACUGGAGAAGGUUUUAUGCCUGAUCCCGAUAAUUGUCAAAAAUUCUAUCGCUGUAUUGAAUCCGGAAAGGGCUAUGAGAAACAUGAAUUCAAGUGUGCCAAGGGAACAGCCUGGAAUGAAGAUAAACAGGCCUGCGAUUACCGUGUCAAUGUAGAACGGUGCUCCGGAACUACAGAAGAACCUGAACUUGAAACCACUACCGAAGAAUUCAUGACUAGUACAACUCCCGGUUUUGAGAAGCCCACUACAACUAAACCAGAAACAACCACGGAGUAUGUCACAAGCACCACGGAUAAAUACACCACAACCACAAUGAAACCGGAAACCACCACAGAGUAUGUUACCAGUACCACUGAUAAAUAUACCACAACUACCAAUGUGCCGACCACAACCACCGACAAAUAUAUAACCUCAACCAUUGGAGUCGAAUCAUCCACAAUUCCCGCAGAAUCAACAACAACCAUGGAACCAUCUUCAACAACUCCAAUACCCAAUCUGCCUCCUGGCAAAGAAUGUACAGGAGAAGGUUUCAUGCCUGAUCCCGAUAAUUGUCAGAAAUUCUAUCGUUGUAUACAAUCCGGAAAGGGCUAUGAGAAACACGAAUUCAAAUGUGCCAAGGGAACGGCAUGGAAUGAGGAUAAACAGGCUUGCGACUAUCGCAAAAAUGUUGAAAGGUGUUCGGGAACUACCGAGGAACCAGAACUGGAAACAACAACCGAAGAAUUCAUGAGUAGCACAACUCCCGCCUAUGAGAAGCCUACUACAAUGAAACCAGAAACCACCACGGAGUAUGUGACCAGCACCACGGAUAAAUAUACCACAACUACCGGUAUGCCGACCACCACUACCACCGAUAAGUAUCCAACCUCAACAACAAUCCCUGAGUCAUCCACGGAAUCCAGCACGGAAUACACCACAACCAUGGAGCCCACUUCAACUACUCCCAUACCCAAUUUACCACCCGGUAAAGAAUGCCAGGGCGAAGGUUUCAUGGCUGAUCCAGAGAACUGUCAAAAAUUCUAUCGCUGUAUCCAAUCCGGUAAAGGCUAUGAGAAACAUGAAUUCAAGUGUGCCAAAGGAACAGCAUGGAAUGAGGAUAAGCAAGCCUGUGACUAUCGUGAAAAUGUUGAGCGUUGUUCGGGAACCACCGAAGAACCUGAACCGGAGACAACAACUGAGGAAUACACCCAAAGUACCACAGAUAAAUAUACCACAACAACUACCCAGGGAUAUGAAAAACCCACCACUGAAGAAGUUAUGACCACUACCACCUACAGACCAAGUGUGAUCACAACAACAUCUAAACCAUCGGACACAACAACAACUGAAUACGAUAGUACCACAACCUCUACACCUGACAAUACAACAACCACAAUACAACCAACCUCAACAACACCUAUACCCAAUUUACCCGCCGGAAAGAAAUGUACUGGUGAAGGUUUUAUGGCCGACCCCGAUAAUUGUCGAAAAUUCUAUCGCUGCGAAAAAUCUGACAAUGGUUAUGCUAAAUAUGAAUUUUUGUGUGCCAAGGGUACCGGUUGGAGUGAAGAGAAACAAACAUGUGAUCAUCGUGAUAACAUUGAACGUUGUCAGGGACAAACAGAAGCUCCUGAGCCAGAGACUACCGAAAUGCCAACGGAAAAUUUAACUACAACAACGAUUUCGUAUGAGACCACAACAACCGAAGGACCGUCAGUGACAAAACCAGUAACUACAACGGAAAGGCCAACCACUACUGACAAAUCGACAGAGAUGCCAACCACAACUACGGAUGUGCCAGCCACAAAACCCACGACUACAACCACCGAAUUGCCAACCACAACCACAGGAGUGCCAACCACAAAACCCACAACUACAACCGAAAUGCCAACCACAACCAAUGAAACAACAGAAGAAACUACCGACUACACCACAACAAUGCAACCUACCACAGUAUCGCCCAUACCAAAUCUUCCACCAGGCACUAAAUGUCCUGGAGAAGGUUUUAUGGCUGACCCGGACAAUUGUCGCAAGUUCUAUAGAUGUAUAGAAAAUAACGGUAAAUAUGAUCGUUAUGAUUUUAUGUGUGACAAAGGUACCGCCUGGAGUGAAGAGAAACAGACGUGUGAUUUUGCCGAAAAUGUGGAAAGGUGCGAGGGACAAACUACCGAAGCUCUUGAGUCAACAACAACCACAGAAUGGAGCACAGCCCCAACUAAGCCCACAACUGCUGCAACUGAAAUGGGCACGACCACAUCAUACCCCACAACGGCUCAAGGGCCAGAAUAUACAACUACCACUACCAUGGCUUCGGAAACAACAACCACUGAUAUGCCAGGUUAUGUGCCCACCACCACCGCACCCGCUGGUACCACCACCGAGAGUGAAUCAACCACAGAUUCCACAACAACAACAGAACAAUAUGAAACCACAACAAUGGAACCAAUAAAUCACACCUGUACUGCCGAAGGUUUCUUCCCCGAUGAGGAUGACUGCAAUCGUUAUUAUCGUUGUGUAGAAGGAUCGAAGAAGGGAACCUAUAACGUGUAUAGUUUCCGUUGUCCCAACGGUACUGUCUGGGAUACUUCACUGGAUACAUGUAAUUAUGCCGAUCAAGUAUCGGGUAUUUGUUCAUCGGGAUCAACAACAACUACGGAAAUGUCUACUACGGAAAUUGGUAGCACUGGAAAACCGGAGACAACGACCACAGAUAAUCCCAAAGAAACAACGACAACUGGCAAACCUGAACCCACUACUACCACGGAUUAUCCCAAGGAGACCACAACCACCGACAAUCCUAAGGAAACAACGACAACUGCAAGACCUGAGACCACAACCACCGAUAAUCCCAAGGAGACAACCACUACAGAUAAUCCCAAAGAGACAACCACAACCGUCCAGCCAGAGACAACCAGCACAGAUAAUCCCAAGGAAACAACAACUGUAAGACCUGACACCACAACUACAGAUAAUCCCAAAGAGACUACCACCACUGAUAAUCCCAAGGAAACAACGACCACCUUUAAACCAGAAACUACAACAACCGACAAUCCCAAGGAGACCACCACAACUAUCCAACCCGAAACCACCACCACCGAUAAUCCCAAGGAAACCACAACAACUGUACAACCCGAAACGACCACCACCGACAAUCCCAAAGAAACAACAACCAUGAAACCUCAAGAACCAAUUACAGGAGAACCUGUAACGGGAGGAAAUGUGACAGCAGCACCUUGUCCGCAAACCGAGGAAGGACAAUCCUUGUAUAUUUGCCCUACCGGUUUUAGACGUCAUCCCAAACACUGCGAUAUGUUCUAUCAGUGUACAGAAAAGCAGGAUAGCUAUGACCAGAAUAUUGUCGUUUUCCAAUGUCCCAAUGGUACCGUCUAUCAUGAAGAUUUGAAUAGGUGUGACACUCCCCGAAAGGAUGAACAAUGUGAUGUUAAGGCACGCACUCAGGGCGGACUCUUUGAAGAUGAGUACAAACAAAGUCAUACGAUACAAAUCCAUUCCACGGCUUCCCUCUGCCCAGCCGAAGGACAUUUCGCCGUGAACGGAGACGAAUGUGGUCAAAUAUUUAUUAAAUGUCAAUAUUCCGCUGGCAGCCAACGUUUGGAAGGUCAAAUCUUUAGAUGUCCCAAAGGUUUUGCCUAUUGGUCCGUAAGUCGUCGCUGUGAAAGGGCUCAAAAGUUGCAGAACUGUACCACAACAAAAUAUGCAAUCUCCACAUCCAUACCCGUUGAAUGGUCAAAUAUUGGAGCUAGACGUCGGGCAUUUAGAGUUUAGUCAAUUUUCAUAAUACCAUAAGUAUUUAUAUUGUAGAAUU